AUUUACAAUUGUGUGUAAAAUAUGUUCCAUUUUUUAAAAAGAUUUUUCCAUAUCCUCAUACUCUCUUAAAAAUGUACAAUCUAGAGCUUCAUAAACUGGUCUGAGACCAGUUUGGCACUGAAUCCGUAUGUUGACAUAUUGUAACAGGAAGUCAGAGCGGCGGCGUGUUGAAGUGCUUGAUACACAACAGCCAGUAGUGUUCGAGAUACUCCACACCCCCACCAAAUCUAAACAAACUUGACAAUAGUUUAGCAAACUAGCUAAACAUGGAAAAUCACAAAACAUUUAACAAGAGCCUUUGAGGAGGAUUUCUUAAUGUGACCUUAACCCCCAGCUGUCCACUUUAACAAGCAUGACAUGCUUUUUUUUGGAGUUAUACCACACAUGUUUAAUUGGAGGUCGACCAACUGCAGUGCCACUAGUGAUGUUGAGCCACAAUGUCAUCACCAGGAGACAUCUGACAAAUCUUAGUGGUAGAUAAUAUUCCUAACACUCACUGAUAGAGAAGUAUGGUGUAUAAAGAUGGAAUCAUUCUCAAUACAUCUAAGGUAACAACAUUUUUGCACUGAACAGCUCCAAGUUGGAAAAACAUUCCUGUGAAAAGUCACAAAACCACCAACUUGCACAAACUUUACCCUCUUCCAAAUGAAUAAGCUCCAACCAUUUAUUCUCAGUUAAGUUAUUACUUGAAAAGGGAAUAGUGUGCAUGAGGAAGCAAAGCAAAAAACACAAAGCAGAACCAUAUUUACUGUUAAUUAGCUGCUACUGUAGAUCAAGACACGCCCCUGAGGGCGGGACAUAUACAUUCUAGUGAGUGUUUCAUUGGAUAAACAUAAGACUAGUACAGGAUAAAUCAUUAAAACAUUUAAAUAAUUUUCCCAGAAGUGAUGAUAAUAAAUAAUAAACUUUUUCCCCCCAAGAUAUACCAUUUUAUUGAUUUCCAAAACACUAAGGGAUGAGUACAAACAGCUAUUUCAGGCGAACUUUAAAGGGGUUAUUUGCUUUAAGGUUAUAUGUAAACCUACAACUGUGUUAUUUAUUAUUAUUAAAUGUUCCAUCUUGGACUUGUACAGAGGAUGAAGCCACCAGCCCUCCAUCCAUUUUCUGUACUGCUUAUCCUUACUGGGUCACGGGGAACCUGGGGCACAAGGUGGUGGACACCCGGGGUGCCAAUCCAUUGCAGGGCACAAGCACACACACACAUUCACACACCCAUUCAUACACUACGGACACUUUUGGACAUGCUAGUCAGCCUAAAAUGCAUGUCUUUGGACUUUUGAAUGCUUUAAAAGCUGUGUAGAACUGCUGCAAGACUAAAUAACUUAAUAUAUUUAAUUCCUCAGCUGAAUGCAUGGAAGCACGCGCUAUUGCGUCUUGGUCAUGCUACUGUCCCAAUAUUAAACACACACCACCAUUAGGAUGCUUACCGUCCGUGGUGUACUACAUUUACACACUAUUUAGUACAGUAUGCGGUUUGGGAACGGAGCCCAUGACUUCAUCACGUCGCCAAAAAGGGGCGGGCCGUGGGAGGAACGGAAAUGGACAGGGGCGUGGCUAUUAGAGGAUGCUGCGAGAGAGAACGGUGGCGUGUGUGUGUGUGUGUGUGUGGGCGCGCGCGCAUGACAUCACCCUCCUCUCGCUUUCUCCAAACCGGCGGGUUUAGGAGGAGCGUCAGUCCUGCCGUACACUCGCGCGCGCACGCACACGCUCACACACGCGCAUACACACACCGAGUCGCGCGACGCUACCGGGGGAUUUAAACCUGUGUUACCGCCAAAUUGAGCUGCUCGGAUCUCGGAAAACGCAUCCAUACGGGAUUAUUGCUAUUAUUAUUUAUUCAUUUAGACGUAUUUUUUUUUCCUUUGAAGAUGUGACGGGGUUUUUGCGCGUGCACGAGGAAAAGGAACGCUGUCAAUUCAUUUAGGAGAAAAAAGGUGCAGGCAAUUCAGGCAAGAAGGAAGAAAAAGAAACGCUAAAGAGAAGAGCUGAAGAAUGAAGAUACAGAGCCUUUGAAAACAACAGAGAGAGUGCUAAACAUCCAGCGUGCCAACACCCCCACCCUACCCCACCCCAUCCCCUCCCCUGCUUCGCACCGGGCCGUGGCUCUUCCACCAGGUCAAAGGUCAUGUGCAGAAUGGUGCCCAACAUGGCCGUGCUGCUGUGUGCGAGCAGCCUGCUGCUGUCUCCGCUGCUCGGUGGCUCCCUUGCCUUGUCUCCACCUAGGUUCACCAAAGUUCCCGUAGACAUGAUUGGCGUCUCUGGAGGGGUGGUGUCCUUCGUAUGCCAGGCAACAGGUGACCCCAAGCCAAGAGUGACCUGGAAUAAAAAAGGAAAGCGCGUCAACUCUCAACGCAUCGAGACCAUAGAAUUCGAUGAAGGUGCAGGAGCUGUGCUCCGUAUCCAGCCUUUGAGGGCUCCACGAGACGAGAACAUUUAUGAGUGUGUGGCAGAGAAUAGCGAAGGCGAGGUCAGCGUGCAGGCUAAGCUGACUAUCAUCAGAGAGGACCUGCUUCCUCAAGGCUUCCCCAACAUUGACAUGGGUCCCCAGCUGAAGGUGGUAGAACGCACCCGCACAGCCAACAUGCUCUGCGCUGCAAGCGGCAACCCCGAUCCUGAGAUCACCUGGUUCAAAGACUUCCUGCCGAUUGAUCCCAGUACGAGCAAUGGGCGGAUCAAACAACUCAGAUCAGGAGCCUUGCAGAUCGAGAACACAGAGGAGACUGAUCAGGGGAAGUACGAGUGUGUAGCGACUAACGUGGAAGGCGUGCGCUACUCUUCCCCUGCCAACUUGUAUGUGCGAGUCCGGCGCGUGCCCCCUCGUUUCUCCAUCCUGCCCACCAAUCAUGAGAUCAUGCCAGGCGGCAGCAUCAACAUCACCUGCGUGGCAGUGGGCUCACCCAUGCCUUAUGUCAAGUGGAUGCUUAACUCGGAGGACCUGACACCGGAGGAUGACAUGCCAGUUGGACGGAACGUUCUGGAACUGAACAGCGUGCAUGAGUCUGCCAACUACACCUGCGUGGCCAUGAGCAGUCUAGGCAUCAUCGAGGCUGUGUCCCAAGUCAUUGUUAAAUCCCUGCCCAAGCCUCCAGGUACACCAGUCGUUACUGAAACUACAGCCACCAGCAUCACUAUCACGUGGGACAGUGGCAACCCCGAGCCUGUUUCCUAUUACAUCAUUCAGUACCGUGCCAAAAUCCCAGACAGCAAGUUCGAGACCAUGGACUCCAUCACUACCACUCGCUAUAGUAUUGGCGGCCUUUCACCCAACACUGAGUAUGAGAUCCGGGUCUCGGCCGUGAACACCAUCGGCCAGGGUCCAGCCAGCGAACCAGUGGAAGCCAGAACGGGGGAGCAGGCUCCUGCCAGUCCUCCCCGGAACAUCCAGGCCAGGAUCAUCUCCCACAGCACCAUGAUGGUGCGCUGGGAAGAGCCAGAGGAGCCCAAUGGCCAAAUCAAGGGCUAUCGCGUUUACUACACCAUGGACCCGUCUCAGCCAAUGAGCAUGUGGCAGAUCCACAAUGUGCAAGACAGCACGAUCACGACAAUUCAGAACCUAGUAACCUCCGAGACCUACACUAUCCGUGUGCUGGCUUUUACCUCAGUAGGAGACGGACCAUUUUCAGAUUCCAUUCACGUCAAAGUGCUACAAGGAGUUCCUGGACAGCCAUCCAAGUUUCAGAUUGGCGAGGUGUCGGACACCAGCAUUGAGCUGACCUGGGAGCCAGCAUUCGACAAAGAGGGGAUCAUCAGUUAUGAGCUUCGUUAUAAAGAAGGCAGUCAAGGGAGUCAGGUAACAAAAUCAUUCAGCCCGACCUCGUCCUAUGUGGUGGAGGGUCUGCGAGCGAACACAGAGUAUUACUUCUCCCUGGCGGCUAUUUCGAACAAAGGCAUUGGUGCCUUCACCAACGAAAUCUUUCAGAAGACAUCCCAAGCCAAGCCAUCCGCCCCCCCUCAGGAGGUUAAAUGCUCCAGCCCUAGCUCCACCUCUCUGCUGGUAAGUUGGCGCCCCCCGCGUUCUGAGAGCCAGAAUGGCCCGCUGGUGGGGUACAUAGUGCGCUAUGCAGUGGCGGGGGGCGGAGCUGGGGUCGGGGUCGGAGCUGAGACCACAGAGGAGCUGCAGGCACCAGCCACCUCCACCGAGAUAAUGCUGCAGCGACUGGAGAAGUGGACAUCGUACCGUGUGAGCGUGGCUGCAGCCACCACUGUGGGCCCGGGACCGGAGAGUGUAGCGCUUACAUGCCGCACUGACGAGGACGUUCCUGGUGCACCCCCUCGGCGAGUGGAGGUGGAGGUGAUCAACUCCACUGCACUAAAGGUGAUGUGGCGCUCGCUGUUGCCCGGGCGACAACACGGCCAGAUCCGUGGUUACCAGGUGCACUAUGUGCGGGUGGAGAACGGCGAAGCACGUGGGCUCCCGCUCAUCAAGGAUGUAAUGUUGGCUGAUGCGCAGGAGAUGGUGAUCGGGGGCUUGCAGCCGGACACCACCUACUCCAUCACAGUGGCAGCCUACACCACCAAAGGAGAUGGAGCACGCAGCAAACCUAAACUGGUGGUGACCAAGGGAGCAGUGCCAGGCCCUCCCUCCCUCUGGGUCCAUCAGGACUCGGAGAGCUCAGCUGUGGUACGUUGGCUCCCUCCCGAACUUCUUGCGCCUGGUCUGGAGCUCCUUGGUUAUCGCCUCCAGUUUGGCCGUGAAGAUGUCCCACCAUUGGCGACGCUGGAGUUUGCACCAUAUGAGCGUGAGUUCUCUGUGUCCAGCAUGCACCGGGGCGCCACCUACAUCUUCAAGAUUUCAGCCAAGUCGCGUUCUGGUUUUGGUGAGGAGGCCAAACAGGAGCUGAGCCUUGACGAAGAGGCGCCACACGGCUAUCCACACAUUAGCGACGCCUCCAAUAUCACCUGCUGCUCAGUGCAAUUCUCCUGGCUGCCUCCAGUUCUGGCCGAGCGCAAUGGCGCUAUCACAGAGUACACGCUGGCAUACCAGGAAACGGGCACCUCCAGUAUGCCCCUAGAGCUGCGCCUGCCAGCCAACGAACACAGCUACACUUUGAACAGCCUGAAACCGGACUCUGUUUAUGACGUGAAAAUUCGUGCACACACCAGCGUAGGUCCCGGGCCCUACAGCCCGACCGUCCAGUAUCGCACAGUGGCCCUCACCACAGAUGUUCCUAAAAACUUCACAGUUAAGUUGGUCACCAAGACAACAGUGCUGCUGGCAUGGAAGUUUUCCGACAGCCGCUUCCCAUACCGCUGCAUGAUCGAAUACAACCGCCAGAAAGUGGACAUCGAUGCCCGCAUGACCAAAGCUCUCAUCACCAACCUGAGAGCCAACAGCACCUACGAGUUCCGCAUCACGUGCCCAGACAGCGGCGACGGAGGCCCCAGACACCGGGUUGUGGCUCGCACCGCUCCCUUUAUCCUCACCAACAAACCAGAGCUGGACGUGAGGAGGGAACCGGACAACACCGUCAGCAUCGUCCUCCCUCAGCUUGAGACCAAGGACAUGAUCAAGUCUGUCUAUGUGGUAGUGGUUCCACUGAAGAAAGGCAGAGGGCCGAUAAGACACAUCAAGAGCCCUGAUGAAAUGGAUCUGGAGGAGCUGUUGAGGGACGGGAAUGUGAAGCAGAGACACAUGCGGACAACGCGGCAGCUGAGCCAGGUAGAUGUGAAGAAGCCGUACAUCGCCGCCAGCUUUAAACCCAGCACCGUGCCUCCAACCUUCACACUGGGCAACCAGAUGGUCUACAACGGCUAUGAGAACCGCGUUCUGGAGCCGGGACAGGACUACGUCUUCUUCAUCCUGGCCGAGCUGAACUCCACCAGUGCAAAAAUGUUUGUGGCCAGCCCUUACACUGACCCCAUCAUGGCCCCUGACGUGGACCCCCAGCCCGUGGAGACGGGUGGAGACGGCCUCAUCUGGGUGGUGGGACCAGUCCUGGCUGUGGUCUUCAUCAUCUGCAUCGUCAUCGCCAUUCUGCUCUAUAAAAACAGCAAAAGGAAGGAAUCAGAGCCACGUACCAAAUGUCUGCUCAACAAUGCUGAGAUCACACCACACCAUCCCACCGACCCUGUGGAGAUGAGGCGCAUCAACUUCCAGACUCCAGAUUCGGGUCUGAGCAGCCCUCUAAGUGAAGCCGCUUUUGACUAUGAAAGAAUGAUGAACCAUCCACCCAUCCCCAUCACAGAGCUGGCAGAACACACAGAGCUGCUCAAAGCCAACGACAACCUGAAACUCUCACAGGAGUAUGAGUCCAUCGAUCCAGGACAGCAGUUCACCUGGGAGCACUCCAACCUGGAGGUCAACAAACCCAAGAACCGCUACGCCAACGUCAUCGCCUAUGACCACUCUCGCGUCAUUCUGGCUCCAAUUGAAGGCAUCGCAGGCAGCGACUACAUCAACGCUAACUACAUUGACGGCUACAGGAAGCAGAACGCCUACAUCGCCACACAGGGCCCACUGCCAGAGACAUUCGGGGAUUUCUGGAGGAUGGUGUGGGAGCAGAGAGCAGCUACCGUGGUCAUGAUGACUCGGUUAGAGGAGAAGUCACGGAUUAAGUGCGAUCAGUACUGGCCAAGCCGAGGGACAGAGACAUACGGCAUGACCCAGGUCACCUUGCUGGACACCAUCGAGCUGGCCACCUUCUGCGUACGCACCUUCUCCUUACACAAGAAUGGUUCUAGUGAAAAGCGUGAGGUACGUCAGUUCCAGUUCACAGCGUGGCCGGAUCAUGGCGUGCCCGAGUACCCGACGCCCUUCCUGGCAUUCCUGAGGAGGGUAAAGACCUGCAACCCACCUGACGCAGGGCCCAUCAUCACCCACUGCAGUGCCGGCGUGGGCCGCACCGGCUGUUUCAUAGUCAUCGACGCCAUGCUGGAGCGCAUCAAGCACGAGAAGACGGUGGACAUCUAUGGUCACGUGACGCUGAUGCGCGCCCAGAGGAACUACAUGGUGCAGACGGAGGAUCAGUACAGCUUCAUCCAUGAUGCCCUGCUGGAGGCCGUCGCCUGCGGCAACACUGAGGUCCCCGCCCGCAGCCUCUUCUCCUACAUCCAGAAACUGGCUCAGGUGGAGAUUGGAGAGCACGUCACAGGCAUGGAGCUGGAGUUCAAGAGACUGGCCAACUCUAAGGCCCACACGUCUAGGUUUAUAAGUGCCAACCUGCCCUGUAACAAGUUCAAGAACCGCCUGGUGAAUAUCAUGCCGUAUGAGACUACCCGAGUGUGCCUUCAGCCAAUCAGAGGGCUAGAAGGCUCAGACUACAUCAACUCCAGCUUCAUCGAUGGAUAUAGGCAGCAGAAGGCCUACAUAGCCACCCAGGGCCCAUUAGCUGAGACCACAGAGGACUUCUGGCGCAUGCUGUGGGAGAACAACUCCACCAUUGUGGUGAUGCUCACCAAGCUGAGGGAGAUGGGCAGAGAAAAGUGCCAUCAGUACUGGCCAGCAGAGCGCUCCGCUCGGUAUCAGUACUUUGUGGUAGACCCCAUGGCUGAGUACAACAUGCCCCAGUACAUCCUCCGAGAGUUUAAAGUUACAGACGCAAGGGACGGACAGUCUCGGACUGUGCGGCAGUUCCAGUUCACUGAUUGGCCAGAGCAGGGAGUCCCCAAAUCCGGGGAAGGUUUCAUCGACUUCAUCGGCCAAGUGCAUAAAACCAAGGAGCAGUUUGGUCAGGACGGUCCCAUAUCUGUCCACUGCAGUGCUGGUGUGGGCCGGACCGGAGUGUUCAUCACACUCAGUAUCGUGCUGGAGCGGAUGCGCUACGAGGGAGUGGUGGACAUCUUCCAGACGGUCAAAAUGCUGAGAACCCAGCGGCCAGCCAUGGUGCAGACUGAGGACGAGUACCAGUUUUGCUAUCAGGCAGCUCUUGAGUACCUAGGAAGCUUUGAUCACUAUGCAACGUAAAAAGCCAUCUCCUUCCCCCCUGCCCAGCGCCCCUCUACAGCCUCCUGAGCCAUAGGAACCUGCUUGAAACAAUUGAAACAGUGACAACUAUACAAACAAAAACCCACCCAACAUAAAAAAAGAAAGAAACCCUGUUGUGAAAUAAAAACAAAACUACAGCGUGUAUUUAGUGGCGGAUUCCAGAACCAUCAUCAAAAAAGUGCAAUGCUAAUUGGCCAGAGCCCAUACCGAGGCAGAUGGAAGGAUCCGUUCAGAAACCAACUCCCUGUACAUCUUCAAUCAUGAGACGGACCCAAAAGUAUUGGCUCAGGCCGCGGGGUGGGAAUGAUCUGUAAGUCGGACCACUAACUUUACCUCAAGUGUUCUGAUAUGGAGGAUAUUAUUAAUCUAUCUCCAGAAGUAUAUCUCCAAACCAAUCCUGUAAAGAUACAACAAAAAUAAUCAGCAAGUGAAGGAGGAGCUAAAGUUCAGGACAUGCCUACAUGUGUGCUUCAGCGAAUGAUUGAUGGGGACGUGAUCGCACUGAUGAGUGGUGAGGUGAUUGAGCUGAGAUCCUUCAGUGUUUACAGUGGGCACUUGCCAAUUCCGGAUGUUUCUCAACUAGUUGGAUCAUGGUGAUGGCAGCAGAAGGUGUUUCAGGGGAAUAGUUAGUGAAAUAGGCAGGAUUUUUAUCUAAAGUCUCUACAAUCUCAUCCAUUUCAAGACAUCAAGGCAACUCGUGUUCAUCUUAUAAAAAGAGUUCAUUCUCCAGAAGUUGUUUCGGUGCUUUUUGGGACAAGCUAGCCAAUGUCUUCACAAUACGCCAAUGUAGCUUCGUCUUGAAACCGUAUGGAGGCGACUGGAGCGUGACCCUGACAGUAUCUUCAGCCAGGACCAAACGAUUCUCCUCUGAGUUUUCUCUGGAUUGUAGUAUACGUUACCUAUGACUGGUUUUCCCACUGCCGAGUGCCGUGUGGUUCAGAACCUGGUAGACGUGGACCACCACCACCACACGCAUGGAAUCAUGGGAUUGGUACGCCAAUGACCAACAUUCACCAUGAUUCAUUGCCUUGAAUCUGGAAAGGCUUUUCCUUAGACAAGAAAGACGAACUCUUGCCUUGUGUGACCAACCCAACAACGAAAGUUCUCAGACGUUCCUGAAGACAGUCCACACCACAGUGGCUGCUCUCAGGGCUCCCUGAACACUUUUAAGGCCCGUCGUUUCAUCACGGCUUCAUUGACCAAUCACAAUAAAUCUGAACAGCAUCAUCACCCAGAAAAAUAGCGGUACGACUUAACGUUCGCAUCUCAGAACUUUUAACUAAGACUUGAACAUAUAUGUGUGUGAAAGGAACAGAGGAAUCUUCUCUUCCUCCACUCUCUGCAUAGGUCAAAAUGGUGUGUAUGUGUGUGUGUUUGUGUGUGUGUGUGUGUGUGCUGGAGAAUGCUUGAACAGCAGAGCUUUCAGAUUAGUGUGCAACGGAAGAUAUUGAUUGCGCAGUGGAAGAGCCGUGUGUAGUCUUUUCUUAUUUCCAAAAAAGCCUUAUCGUUGUUGUAACAUUAUACAAAAUGACAUUGUUGUAUUAUUAUUAUUAUUAUUACAAUUAACAUAAUUUCACUUUAUCUGUUUAGUUUUGUAACAGAUACAGAUACUGUACUCAUUUUUUUUCUUCUGUUUAAAUAGGAGGAGAGAAAGAGCUGGUUUUGUUCAUAUUAUGUUAAAAGACAUUCUAUUUUUUCACUAUAGAAAUGUGCAAUGUGGUUGUGUGUGGAUAUUUAUGCAUACACACUCACAUACACAGUAUAUUUAAAUGCAAAAUACAAAGAUGUAUCUAAAUCUUAGUAUGGAUAGAAUUUUUCCUGUAUUUUUAUUUCACUCAUGAACAUAUAUUCAUUUCUAUGACGUUUUUUUUUUUUUGUUUUUUUGUUGUUUUUUUUUAUCAUGAUCUGGAGAAAUGCAGCUUGGCCUCGUUCUUAUUAUUCAGAAAGGUGUGAACUCAUAGGUUUGAUCUUUAUUCUUAUUAUCAUCAUUAGUAGUGUGUAGUAUGAGCUAAAAGUAUUAAUUUGCAUUUUUUUUGCCUUUUUUUUUUUUUUUUAAAAAAGGAGUAGGAUUUCUAAACAUGGACUUGAACAUUGACUUUUUAUUUCAACAUUUUUAAUAUUCAUGAACUGUAUCCAAUGUUUCACUUCUCUUGUGAAAAUGUCAUUUUUACUUUUUUUAUUUGACAUUAUCGUUGUUUUUUACUUUUAAAAUCACAAGACUGAUCAUCAGCUUGUUAUGUACGAACAGUGAUCCUGAAUAUGAUGUGUAAAUAAACAAAUCUAGAUGAUAUGUAUUUGUAUAAUUUGACCCACACCUUUUCUGUCUGUACAAUUAUGAAUUUAAAAAUGAAACAAACAAACAAACAAGCUAUCCAGCUUUCUCUGAGGAAUUUGAUGUUGUAGUAACUUCUUCAUCCCUGAUCCUUUCACUUUCACUCUUUUUUUUGUUAUAUUUUCUUCUUUUUUUUCUUUUCAAAUGAGCUCUGAGUGUCCAUCCCAGCGAGCUCAGCAGUCAUGAAGUUUCUUUUUUCUCAGUGAUAACUGCUUGAAGCUGAUCCUACAAUGCAGUAACAAAUUUCUGUUCCCCUUUGAAUAAAAUAAAUUAUGUUUGGAUAAUGAAUCUGGGAAGGGCUUGUGUGCUUGGUGCAUACACUCGAACAUGAAGACAUAAUGGACUGACUGCACAAAUUCACCUUUGAACGAAUGUGAAUUCACUGGUGUGUGGGAUCACAUCACAGAUCGGUUUAUUGGGACUAGUCUCUCAGCACUGCCCAUUUUCUUCAUUCUUCCAUUUUAACCACUGCAGGCUGAUUUACUGAGAUUUCAGUCUGUACUAUAAUGCUUGAAUUUCUUUUUUAUUAUUAUUCUUUUUCUUGGAAAUCUUUAUUUCUUGCUAAAGUUUGGAAGGAGGGAGAAUUCUGGAAUCUGGGAAUUCCAGCGCUUUCUCCACGAGACCCUCUUCUAUACAAAAGGACACACAUAUCUCUGGAGCUCCUGAUAAAAAUUUGGAGGUUUAAGGAAUGUUGGGAUUUUUUGACCUAGUGUUUCGAUCCUUGAUCUCUGACAACAUCAGCCAAAUGACUGACAUGAAACUUCAGAUUGAUUAGGGAAAAUACCGACUCCCACUCCACUACACAUAUAAAAGCGAGUGUAUUGACAAAAAAAGAAGAAAAGCCAAAAUUCAAAAGUGAAAAUGUUUGUCUUUGUACGAAAGCCAAGUGACACUGCUUUCAAACUGUUACUUCUAACGGAAACAAUAAUUGGUUUAAAAACCACUGUGUAUGUAGAUAUGUUGACUUUGUAUUAAAGAAAUGUUGUCUGAA